AUGGCUUGUGUUGAAAAAUACAGCGGAGUCACAUGUACAAUUGCCUGCAUUCAGGAUUGCAGCUCAAAAAAUAUAACUGCAGCAGCAGGAACCAGUAGUAAUGGUGAUUUAUCAGUAAACUCUAGAAGUGGGAACAAAACCUACCAAGGCAGAAGAUCAAAAAGGGAUGUGUCACCAUCCAGCAGGGCAAUAAGCACUCAGAACAAUGUAACAAGGCCCAGCCCAGUUCUUGAUCUCAAGGCAGAGGAUGUUGGUCAGACGUAUGUCAACUUAACGUGGACAGUGAACGACACUGCUUCAGACUUCUACACAUACAGGAUAGAGGUUGAAAGUGAUGGUACUGGCAAUAGGAACCUCACGUCUAACGUCACUGAAGCUGCAGUUGCCGACCUGCACCCUGGGACGUUGUACAAUUUCACCGUCUUUGCAGUGGCAGCCGAUGGUCAGACCGAAGGAGAGGGAGUAUCCAUAAGCCUGUAUACCAGGCCCAGCCCAGUUCUUGAUCUCAAGGCAGAGGAUGUUGGUCAGACUUAUGUCAACUUAACGUGGACAGUGAACGACACUGCUUCAGACUCCUACACAUACAGGAUAGAGGUUAAAAGUGAUGGUACUGGCAAUAGGAACCUCACGUCUAACGUCACUAAAGCUGCAGUUGCCGACCUGCACCCUGGGACGUUGUACAAUUUCACCGUCUUUGCAGUGGCAGCCGAUGGUCAGACCGAAGGAGAGGGAGUAUCCAUAAGCCUGUAUACCAGGCCCAGCCCGGUUCUUGAUCUCAAGGCAGAGGAUGUUGGUCAGACUUAUGUCAACUUAACGUGGACAGUGAACAACACUGCUUCAGACUCCUACACAUACAGGAUAGAGGUUGAAAGUGAUGGUACUGGCAAUAGGAACCUCACGUCUAACGUCACUGAAGCUGCAGUUGCCGACCUGCACCCUGGGACGUUGUACAAUUUCACCGUCUUUGCAGUGGCGGCCGAUGGUCAGGCUGAAGGAGAGGGAGUACCCCAAAGCCUAUAUACACGGCCCAGCCCGGUUCUUGAUCUAAUAGUGCAGUACAUCGAUCCUCAUUAUAUCAAAUUAAUGUGGACAAUGACUGAUGCUAAUUCAAAGUCCUACACAUACAGGAUAGAGGUUAAAAGUGAUAGUACUGGCAAUAGGAACCUCACAUCUAACAUCACUGAAGCUGCAGUUGCCGACCUGCACCCUGGGACGUUGUACAAUUUCACCGUAUUUGCAGUGGCAGCUGAUGGUCAGACCGAAGGAGAGGGGAUAUCCGUAAGCCUGUAUACCAGGCCCAGCCCAGUUCUUGAUCUCAAGGCGGAGGAUGUUGGUCAGACUUAUGUCAACUUAACGUGGACAGUGAACGACACUGCUUCAGACUCUUCACACUCCUACACAUACAGGAUAGAGGUUAAAAGUGAUGGUACUGGCAAUAGGAACCUCACGUUUAACGUCACUAAAGCUGCAGUUGCCGACCUGCACCCUGGGACGUUGUACAAUUUCACCGUCUUUGCAGUGGCAGCCGAUGGUCAGACCGAAGGAGAGGGAGUAUCCAUAAGCCUGUAUACCAGGCCCAGCCCAGUUCUUGAUCUCAAGGCGGAGGAUGUUGGUCAGACUUAUGUCAACUUAACGUGGACAGUGAACGACACUGCUUCAGACUUCUACACAUACAGGAUAGAGGUUGAAAGUGAUGGUACUGGCAAUAGGAACCUCACGUCUAACGUCACUAAAGCUGCAGUCGCUGACUUGCACCCUGGGACGUUGUACAAUUUCACCGUCUUUGCAGUGGCAGCCGAUGGUCAGACCGAAGGAGAGGGAGUAUCCAUAAGCCUGUAUACCAUUCCUGCCUCAGUGACUUCAUUUCAGUGUGAACCAGUGGCCAAGGAGUCUAAUCUAACACUCAAAUGGAAAUGUCCUAUUGGUAACAAUUCUGGCUUCAAAAUUAAAGUAUUUAAUGAUACAUGGGAAAAAGAACAACAGAUUUCACGCUGCGCAGGAGAAAACUUGGAAGAAACCUUCAGAAUAGGAUCUUUAAAUUAUUUUACUACCUACAAUGUCAGUAUUACAACUCUUUCAGAUACAAUGGAAAGUUCUCCAGUGCAGAAAAUGUGCAAGACAAGCAUUACUGACCCACCUGCUCCUACUAAAGGUCCUUUACUCAAGGCAAUCAGUCACACCUCCUUGUCUGUUGAAUUCUCUGAUUUUGAGUCAGCAAAUGGACCAUUAAAAGCUUAUGCAGUAAUCAUCGUAACAGAAGCACCAGGUUGUGGGUCUUUGAAACCUGAAUUGAACAGCACAUAUAAAGAUUUCAAGCAAAAGAAGACAGCCACCUAUGUAACAUAUAUCAUAGAUAUGGGGCAAGCAAAGCAGUCAUCUUUCCAUUCUCAGAACGGGACACUCACAGUUAAUGUAGGCACUGGAAACACUGUGCGUGGCUAUGAAAAUGGACCACUGAGACCACUUCAUUCAUACAGGGCACGUGUGGCAGGUUUCACUAGGAUAAACUUUACUUGGGCCAACAUUAUUGUGGAAGAAGAUAGUUAUGCAUCGUUUUCACCUUGUUCUGAGCAGGUUUUGUUACCCCAGGAUCCAGGUCUCAUUGCUGGAGCUGUUAUUGGAUGCCUUUUAGCUAUAUUGGCUGUAGUUGCUAUAGGGGGUUACAUAUUCUGGAAAAGGAGAAGGAAAGAUAGAAGAAAUACUGAAAUGUCCUUUUCUCCAAUUAAAGUCAAGAAAUCAAAAUUGAUUAAAGUGGAAAACUUUGAGUCUUACUUCAAGAAGCAGCAAGCUGACUCCAACUGUGGUUUUGCUGAAGAGUAUGAGGAACUCAGGCCUGCUGGUGUUCAUCAGCCCAAAUUUGCUGCUGAACUUCCUGAAAACAGGGGGAAAAAUAGAUACAACAAUGUCUUGCCAUAUGAUAUCUCUCGUGUUAAACUGUCAGCCCAAAGCCAUGCAACUGAUGAUUACAUUAAUGCAAACUAUAUGCCUGGUUAUACUUCAAAGAAGGCAUUUAUUGCUGCACAAGGUCCUUUACCCAAUACUAUAGAUGACUUCUGGCGCAUGAUUUGGGAAAAGAAUAUCUACUCUAUUGUUAUGUUGACAAAAUGCGUUGAACAAGCCCGGACAAAAUGUGAGCAGUACUGGCCAGACAAACAGUCCAUGAGUUAUGGUGACAUUAUUGUGACAAUGGUCUCGGAGAUUGUCCUUCCAGAAUGGACAGUAAGGGACUUCACUGUAGAAAAUUCUAACGCACCAGAGAUCCACACGGUGCGCCAGUUCCACUUUACCUCCUGGCCGGAUCACGGAGUGCCAGAGACAACAGACCUCCUCAUCAACUUCAGGCACCUUGUUAUAGAACACAACAGUCAAAAUCCUGUUGACUCGCCUACUCUGGUGCACUGCAGUGCUGGUGUUGGAAGGACAGGGACUUUUAUUGCCAUCGACCGUCUGAUCCAGCAGAUCGAAAUGGAGAAUACUGUGGACGUGUAUGGUGUGGUGUAUGACCUCCGCAUGCAUCGGCCUCUGAUGGUGCAAACUGAGGACCAGUAUGUCUUCCUAAACCAAUGCGUUAUGGAUAUAAUUAGAUCCCGGAAAGACAAAAAAGCAGAUCUUAUUUACCAAAACAUGACGGCAAUGGCAAUCUACGAAAAUUUCACUCCUGGGUCAGGUUUUGGGAAGGCCAAUGGCUACCAUGCAUAGGCUGGAAAGACAGCAGUAUCUCCAGGAGGUGUUGUCUACACAUAGGAAAGGGAACUGUUCCAGUCUUGUUUUCCAGGAUUGUGUCUCGUGUCUGGUUUUCUCCAGUUCUGUACAACUGAUUUGAAGACAUGAUCUACAGGAGGAAAAAAAAACAAUGCUGGCAGGAGCCACAGGUUGACAUAAAAAGAAACUAUUUAGAGUUAACAAAAGAAUUCUGCUUUUUCUUGGGAAUUUAACAGUACUGAUAGGUGAAAUAGCAUUUGCAGUACGGAUGGUGAACUAUAAUUUAAAUAUUAAAAUAAUAACACAAGCUUGUUAUUACAUUUUUAUAUGAUAUCAUUUACAGACACCAAGCUUGUGGGCUGUUUUAAUAUAUUUAAUUAUAAGUUUCAGGAACAUAUUUUAUCUACUGUAUCUGGUUACUUAGCUAAUAGAUAUGUGCCUCUGAUUUUUUCUGAGUGUUCCUUUUUAUUUAAAAAAAAAGGAGUAUAAACACCUCCUCCAAAUGGACAUUUAUACUUGGAAAUUGUGCCUUUUCUAGUUGCUACUCUAGAGAAAAAAACAGCAGAGAUUCUAUUUUUGUACUGAAACUCUUAAUGAGAACACAGAUUUUUAAAAAAGGCUUAUGUCAAACUUAUAACUAUAGUUGCACUGUUGGCAGGACUGUCCAGAAGUUUGGAGGUGAGCUUUUUUUUUUGCUUUUCACCACAAAUGUCCCCUGCCUUAAUGUUUUGGUGCCUCUGAGAGAGGAAAAGGAGUGUGGUGCAUCACUCUGAGCUUUAAUCAUAGGAAAAAAAUGAGCAAGUGAGUCUGCAUAUGUGUGUGCAGGGGUGUGUGUGUGUGUGUAUGAAGGAUGGAAUACUCCUCCCUGUUCCUGGCUGAUACUCCUGUUUUUACACAGUUUAUAAUGAUUUAUUUAAAGGUGCAAUAUAUGAUUUACUGAAUAAUGAUUACUCUAUUCUAAUAGAGUUUUACUCAGGUUGGUGUCUUUUUAUCAUUAUUGUUGUUUUUCGUCAAAUGUAUAAAUCUGUGAAAACGUUGAACUGAGGUUCUGAGUGUCCAAGCACUCCCAAACAGAUUGACUGGCUUUACUCUUUCUACCAAAACAAAUUGCACAAAGUUCUGCUGUAAAUACCAAUUUCUUGGUUGUUUUAGCCAUUCUAAGCUGAGACACAUCUUACCUGACUGCAUCUCAUUGAUCUAAUGUAAUAGUUGUAUAAUUGUUUGCAAUGUACUGCUGCUGUUAUUUUAACUGGUCCUUUUUCAAACAGAACAAACAAACAAAAAAAACCCUAGAUGCUAAUUUUACAAGUUGAGGAUUAGUUUGGAUUUAUUUUGCUGGUACAUAACUGUUAGAUUCAUGAAGGCAUUACCAAUGAAGGACUUACGAAAUAGCUUGGUUGGGGAGAUAGAAGGGGAGUUGUUUUUUUGGUCUUCGGAUCGUUGCACUGGUUGCAUUGUAGAAGAAUAUGAAGUUUAUGAAUAAUGCUAUAGAAUAGCUAUAAAACGGUGAAAAUCUUAUGAAGGUUUAAUAACCAGAGUUCCUGGAAUUCUGCUGCUUUUUUUUCCCCCCCUUUUUGGGGGAUUGUUUUGUUGUUUUAGCAGAGUUGUCAGAAAUAGCUACAAAUACUAGGAAUAUAUGUGGCAUUACAGUGGGAGGUAGCAACCUUCUAGAAUCCACUGUGAGCUGAAGAAUAUCUAGGAAUUCCUGGUGCACAGCUGUAACUUUAAGGAUAACCAGAGGAAUUUCUUCCAACCUGGUGUGAAAUUGUAAGUGUGCCAUGUGAGCAAAACUGGAGACAAACCACAAUGUGCUUCAGCUUUUUUAUUUUAUUUUUUUUCUUUUUUGGGUAGCAGCCACUUUGUGGGUUCCUGAAUAUUUUUUCUCUCUUUCUCUACAAUACUUAAGAGGUUAAUGACCCCACCGGAGGCUCUCUGCGAUGGUGGUCCAUGCAGUGGAUCUUUCACCCUGCGUCCUUUCUGAGCUCCUGUCAGAUGACAAAGACAAACCACUUGGACCAAGCAAAACUGUUCCAAAGGACUCGGAAGGGAGGAAAGCUCACCCCUUACAGUUAUAUGUUGUAUUUCCUUUUUGUAAUCUUCAAAGUACUACGCUUCUGUGCAGAGCACAGCGCCAGUAUUCAUUAUCCCUGCUCUCCCAGGAAUUGGCUGCAUUAGGGUAGUGAAUGCUCCCUUGCUUCAAAAAGCCCUUGUUUUAUUCACCACAGAAGAGCAGGAGAUGCAUCUUCUACUCUAGGUUGUGCCUCUGCAGUAUUUUGGAGCAGAAUAUCAGAAAACCAGCCAGCGUGGUGUUUCUGCCUAGCCACCACACAGGUACUGUUGUAGAAAACCAACAUCUGUGCCAUAAGUUUCAUGUUGGAAAGAGACUGUGCCAAAGUCUUGCUUGUCCUCAUCACCCAGUGAGUAUCCAUUUUUAACGCAGGCGCAUCCAUUUGAACGCUUCUGCCAUUUCCCAAAAUUGAAUUGUUGCAGAGAGAGACUGAAGUUUGAACUAACAGCCUACUAAUGGUAGAAAUAGGUGGAAGAAGUUGAUAAAGCUUAAAAUGCUGUAAACAUAAAAUUGGCAAUAGCAUCAGUGUGAGUAACUAGAACAGGUCUGGUAGCAUCCUUCCUGCAGGGACAUCCUGGAUAUCCGACAGGGAAUGCUCUGUCGUCUCCUGGAUUCCUUUUGGCCAAGGUGACAUGAAUCUCUACAGGCAUUUCUCUGACUUCUGCUGCUCUCCAUGUUAUGAUUGCUGAGAGCCCUCUCUCUCUCUCUCCAGUCAGUGUUUUUCCUUGCUGUCGCUUACCUAAAGUUGUCCAUUUUCCAGGCUGAAAACUCUGCUGUGCUCCAGAUAGAUCUCCUGUGUUUCUCUUAUAUUCUUUUUCCCUUUGGGGCCUGCUUAAGAAGGGAAAAGUUAUUGUGUUUCAAAUAAGUGACUGCUAGUUUAAUAUCUUGAAAUGAUGUACAAAUUUUAUUGUUUUCAUAUUUGUUGUACAGGAAAUUUCAGCACAUGUCUAUAAU